AUGGCAGACGCUGAGGAUAUUCAACCUCUUGUUUGUGACAAUGGAACAGGAAUGGUUAAGGCUGGAUUUGCUGGAGAUGAUGCCCCAAGAGCUGUGUUUCCCAGCAUUGUAGGUCGUCCUCGUCACACUGGUGUGAUGGUUGGCAUGGGUCAAAAAGAUGCAUACGUUGGUGAUGAGGCACAGUCUAAGAGGGGUAUUUUGACUCUUAAGUACCCCAUUGAACAUGGAAUCGUGAGCAAUUGGGAUGAUAUGGAAAAAAUUUGGCAUCAUACCUUCUACAAUGAGCUUCGUGUUGCCCCUGAAGAGCAUCCAGUUCUGUUGACCGAGGCUCCUCUUAAUCCCAAGGCCAACCGUGAGAAGAUGACCCAAAUCAUGUUCGAGACCUUUAACACUCCUGCUAUGUAUGUUGCCAUCCAGGCUGUUCUUUCACUGUAUGCAAGUGGUCGAACAACUGGUAUUGUGUUGGAUUCUGGUGAUGGUGUCAGCCAUACUGUUCCUAUCUAUGAGGGUUAUGCUCUCCCACAUGCCAUCCUUCGUCUUGAUCUGGCUGGUCGUGACCUCACUGAUUUCUUGAUGAAAAUUUUGACUGAACGUGGUUAUUCUUUCACCACCUCAGCAGAGCGGGAAAUUGUAAGGGAUGUUAAAGAAAAGCUGGCCUAUAUUGCCCUUGACUACGAGAAAGAACUCGAGACAGCCAGGACCAGCUCAUCUGUGGAGAAGAGCUAUGAGUUGCCUGAUGGGCAGGUCAUCACCAUUGGAGAUGAGCGAUUCAGAUGUCCAGAGGUUCUGUUCCAACCAUCCAUGAUAGGAAUGGAAGCUUCUGGCAUUCACGAGACAACAUACAACUCCAUUAUGAAGUGUGAUGUUGAUAUCAGGAAGGACCUUUAUGGUAACAUUGUCCUUUCUGGAGGAACAACCAUGUUCCCUGGCAUUGCUGACAGAAUGAGCAAGGAAAUUUCUGCAUUGGCACCCAGCAGCAUGAAGAUCAAGGUUGUAGCACCACCUGAGAGAAAGUACAGUGUCUGGAUUGGUGGUUCCAUCUUGGCAUCUCUCAGCACCUUCCAGCAGAUGUGGAUUGCAAAGGCAGAAUAUGAUGAGUCUGGUCCAUCAAUUGUUCACAGAAAGUGCUUCUAA